GUCUCCACGGUGUGGGACGCCGGCUUCGAGUUCUUCUUGCAGCCCCCGUCCUUUCCGCCACCGUGAGGCAAGAGCGGCCCGAGAAUGGCCCCGAGUUGCAUUGGACCAACCCUGGCGGGCCAGAUCCGCCAGCAGAGGUAGCACCUCCUGCCGUGGAGCUUUCGAUUGAAGAUGCUUUCUGGAAGGCGGCCAAGCUCUCUACAGUUUCGAGUUCAUGGCGCGAGGAAGGGUUGCCGGAUGCUCCCAAAAAGGUAUCCGAAAUAUCGGACCCUCUCGCACCUACAGUGCUGCCUCGAUUCUUAGCAGUACUCUGUAGGUGCGGGAGAGAACACUGCGAUCUGCCGUCGUCGUACUCCGUUUCCGAGCAGCGGGCACUGCCGUGA